AUGCCUGUGGUCAUCGUUCUCGCAGCUCUCAUCUGGAGCAGUGGCUCGGCGCUGGCCCAGACAUACGGAGAUGACUUGUCGCCCGUUCUGACAGUCUGCGAUCAGAGUGCUGGUCAGCAAAUGUCAGCUGAAGUCGGUACGACCAAAGACUUUGCCGGUUUGUCCAGCUCAGGACAAUGUACCACUGCAACAACGACCCCAGACAACAAUUACGAGUUCUGUCCCAACCCUUUCCUCAUUUCGUUCAUCGCCGACAGUACUAGCGACAACAGGUUCGAAUGCACUGAAUCUCUCGCUGAAUACUGUGGGGCUUCCGACAGCACGACCAACAACUGCCCGACCGGUACUGAAUGUAUUUACACUACCGACUAUGCCGAUGACUCGACUUUCUGGUCGUGCGGUGUCGUAUGCGGGUACGAAGGUGAUUCUCAAAUUUGCUCGGACGCAGGUGCAAAGCUUUUGAAUGGAAACUAUGUCACGUACUGCGAUACCAUUUCGGAUCAAUGUGGUAUCUGUUCUUCUGCCAAUGAACUGCAACCUGGGAACACGGACACUGGAGGUUGUGCUACACCAGUAAGCGCUUACCCAGCCACAUCAUCGGGUACCUGGCGUAAACGUGCCCAGAUGAAAGCAUUGGAUAUGGCAUCCGUAGAGAAUCUUGGAUGUCCAACUGGAACGAAGAAAUGCGGCACUGAAGAUUCGUUCGAAUGCGUCGACGUCAUGAACGACCUUCAUUCAUGUGGAUCAUGUCCAAACGAGGGCGGUAUCCGAUGUGAUACAUUACCUGGAAUCAUCAUGGGCGACAUCACCUGUCAGGCUGGUCUGUGCACUUCGACAACUUGCGCCGAGGGGUACGAGUUAUGGGAACGUUCAUGUGUCUUGCCGAGUGUUGCUGCAAGCUUCAGAGAGAUCGCUUCAAGAUCCCCAACACCUGUCUCAGUGGAGGAACUAUCGAUACAGAAGAAGAAGGCAGAAUCAGAAAAUGCUUUCAGCUACCCGAUCGCCAAUAGGAAGGAUGUUGCCAUCAAGCAUUGGCAAACUGUCGAGAUCAUCGGACAAUAG